UAACCGUAGCAAUCACCAGCGACCGUGAAAUGAAGGCAUUAUCGUCGGUGCUGAGUCCGAAGAACCUCACUGUCCAUCGGAUCUGUCUUUCUCGCUCUCUUUCAUACCCGAACCCUAUCACUAACCUACGCACCAGCAUCAACGUCAAUAACAACAAUUCUAUCAAAUUGAAUCAGAGGCUCCAAAUCCACGCGUCCUCUACUGCGGCGAUGGCGUCCUCCUUCAAUCCCGAGCAAGCCAGGGCACCUCCUGCUCUUCCGUUACCUACUCCUCCGAUCACCAAGUUUAAGAUCGGGCUGUGCCAGUUGCUGGUGACGGCGGAUAAAGAGAGGAACAUUGAGCAUGCUCGCAAGGGAAUCGAGGAGGCUGCUGGAAAGGGGGCUCAGCUUGUUAUGUUGCCUGAAAUAUGGAAUGGUCCCUACUCAAACGAUAGUUUCCCAGUUUAUGCUGAGGACAUUGAUGCUGGAGGGGAUGCAUCUCCAUCAACGGCCAUGCUGUCUGAAGUUGCCAGUUCUUUGAAGAUCACAAUAGUUGGUGGCUCUAUACCAGAACGUAGUGGGGGUCAGUUGUACAAUACUUGCUGCGUUUUUGGUCCUGAUGGAAAGUUGAAAGCAAAACACAGGAAGAUACAUCUUUUUGAUAUUGAUAUUCCUGGGAAGAUUACCUUUAUGGAAUCAAAGACUCUUACUGCAGGGGAAACUCCAACAGUUGUGGACACAGAAGUUGGGCGUAUUGGUAUAGGUAUUUGUUACGACAUUCGGUUUCAGGAACUGGCAAUGAUAUACGCAGCAAGAGGUGCUCACCUGCUAUGCUAUCCUGGGGCAUUCAACAUGACCACUGGGCCAUUGCAUUGGGAGUUAUUACAGAGGGCAAGGGCUGCAGAUAAUCAGUUAUAUGUGGCAACUUGUUCACCUGCACGAGAUACCAGUGCCGGUUAUAUAGCUUGGGGCCAUUCAACUCUUGUGGGACCAUUUGGAGAAGUUCUUGCUACCACUGAACACGAGCCAGAUAUAAUCAUAGCUGAGAUCGAUUAUUCAGAAUUGGAGCUUCGAAGGACGAGCCUUCCAUUAGCAAAGCAAAGACGGGGCGAUCUUUACCAGCUGGUGGAUGUCCAGAGAUUGAACUCCCAUUGAUUACUAGCUUCUGGAGCCCGGAGGGACUGCUUAUCACGAUUGUAUUAGAACUAAUUUUGUUUGAGAAUUGAGAUUCAGUACAUAUUGCUGUUGUUACCAAAUUGUAUUGUUCUCUGUAGUAUUUUGGUUGAGAUAAUAUUGCAUUAUGGUAUUAAGUGAUGCAGACGUCAGUAGCAUUACCGAA